GAGUGCAAUAGAUUUUACCAAACUUAACUUACAAAUUUUCGAAGUUGGCGUGGAAGACAUUUCAUUUUUUCCCUCUAAUUAAAUAAAAUGGCUGCACCAGUACCCACGCUUUUACCUCUGGAGUUGGUUGAUAAAUGCAUUGGUUCAAGGAUCCACAUUAUCAUGAAGAAUGACAAGGAAAUAGUGGGAACUUUGCUAGGGUUCGACGAUUUUGUCAACAUGGUGCUGGAAGAUGUGUCAGAAUUUGAAUCUACUCCAGAAGGAAGACGUGUGACUAAGCUAGACCAGAUCCUGUUGAAUGGAAACAACAUAACUAUGUUAGUUCCUGGUGGAGAGGGACCAGAAGCUCAUUCAUGAAUUUUUCUUUAAUUUUCGAAAGACAAUACAUCAUUCACUCAAA